GCGUCACAUAGUUCGAUAGAACUUCACGCUUCCCUUGAAAUCGAUCGUGUUAACGAACUUAAUGUUUAUUAAAUUCUCGUAUUUUUCUAAAGUACAUCCGUUUCGUCGUGAACGAUAUCCUGGAGCAUGCGUCGCCCCGACUCAGCGCAGCGCGGCGCGGCGUCCCGGCAUCCAAGCGACGUGCCUACGAAACUCGUCGCGGAACUCUUCAGUCAGCGUCGCGACGCGUUGCAAACGUCUUUUCGUUCGUUCGACUGGAAAUCGGUACAAGAUCGACAACUUGCACAAUUUUCAAUACGCGUACAUUUUUACCUGUAACUGUGCCGUUAACGAUUGUUUCCGAUCACGUGCUAUUAAAGCGUACUAUUAAAUGUGUCUCCGAAGGCGCGCGACGUGCAGCGAAUAAUCCUAAUCCAAACGAAUCACACCGUCUACAAUGGAAAUAACCAGUGAGAAGAUGAGAGAAUUCGCCGGCGGAUAGAAAAUGGCUGCGUAUAAGUUGUCCGGAAGAGCACGUUCGGAUUCCUCGGUGAAAUAAAGAAGAGAGAGAGUUAUCGUAGGUGCGAGCAGUGACUAAUCACGCGUCCGGAUUCCUCCAAUGUCCGAGUGCUUAUUCGUAAUGAAUCGCGAGUCACCGUUGCACCUGUUGCAUCGCCAACUAUUUUCUACGUAAUCCAGUUGCACGAUAGUUGGCUUGAGAUUUGCGAACCCGCAGGAGAACACCCGAUGAGACACACGGAAGCCGCGACCAAGCCGGCUAACACGUGCAACGCUCGAUGUUCGACGUAUAGAUUCACCAGAUGUAAGAUGAAAUGAACGAUUUGGUUCGAAGUUGGGGCAGCUGUAAAUGCGAGAAACAGCGAGGAAAAGAGUGCGUGGCAGAGAGGGGCAGAAGCAAAAUGAUGGAUACAGUGAACGUAACAGGCGCGGGGACACGAAUAUGCCUAGUGGAAGAUUUCGAAGUAUCGGAGGAUCCUCGAACUCCGUCUUUGAGACGAAUCAGCUACGGCAUUAUCCUGCCUACCAUCUGUUGCUUUGGAAUCGUCGGCAAUAUUUUAAACUUGGUAGUGCUUACCAGGCGCAAUAUGCGAGGAACCGCUUACAUCUACAUGAGAGGUUAUUCAGCAGCCGCGCUUCUCGCAAUUUUGUUCUGCAUCCCUUUCGCACUCAGGGUCCUUAUUCAUAAAGAAACAGGCCGAUGGAGAAAUUGGAUGCAAGCUUUCUAUCAUACUCAUCUCGAACUUUUCUUAGGGAAUGGCUGUUUAGGGGUUGGAGUGAUGAUGCUGCUAGCACUGACGGUGGAACGUUACGUUAGCGUUUGUCGGCCUGGUCAGUACACUCGUCCGCUCUGUGGGCCUCCGCAUUUAACGGUGGCUCUCAUUCCCCUUGCAACGUUUCUGGUUUAUCUUCCGAGUGUGUUUCGCGAAGAAAUUACCACUUGUCUUCUGGCACCGGAUGGACCGGUUAUUUAUCAAAAGAGGGAAAAUCAGUCGUAUCUCGACUCGAUGUUUUAUCAGGUAUACAAGGUAAUUUUGGAGAUCGUUUUCAAAGUAGCGCCGACGAUACUUCUGGCUGGCUUCAAUCUUCGAAUAAUGAUAGUCUAUCGGCGAUCCUGCGAACGUCGUCGGCGAAUGACACUGUCCAGGACAGCGAGCAACGACGAAGAUCCGAGAACGUUCGCGGAAGAGAGAAGACUCGUGCUUCUUCUAGGCAGUACCAGCAUAUUGUUUCUGGUCUGCGUUAGUCCUAUGGUAAUUCUGAAUGUCACAUUGAGGGAGAGCAAUCUCAGUCACUAUCCUUACCAGGUGUUUCGCGCUCUGGCCAAUUUGCUAGAGGUAAUCAAUUACUCGAUUACCUUUUACAUCUACUGCAUGUUCUCGGAGGAUUUUCGAAACACCUUGAUCCGCACUCUGCAGUGGCCCUGCAGGAAAACCAGCCACGAGGGACGAGGACUUCCGAUGAAACGUUCCUCCAUACCGAGACCGACCACCACCACCACUACCACUACUACCAUCACCACCACCGCACUACCGACAACCGCCGUUGCGACUCCUGGUCAUUUAACGCGUGCCAGCGUUUACUGGCGUUUAGUCUCUCUCUUCCUAUCCUAUCCGCAUCAAAGUCAUCUGAAAGGAGAGAAACCGUGCGAAACCGAAUUUUCCCAACCGCAAAACUCCGACGCGGUAUAUCAGUCUACUUCCUCCGGCAGUGCUUUAACAAGCAUCCCGCGGUUGUUAAAUAUCAUAACGCGAUAUCGGAUACAUCGGCAAAUAUUAGUAUAUCGCGACUCGCGUUUUGCUUAUGGAACGAACUCGAACCAACGCGAUAUCGAACUAUCGUUUCUGCCGUCGAAGCUCUCCAACAAGAAGAUUCACCGAUUUUUCACUGUGAUGCAUUCCACCCUUAUCGGUUCGGCGACCGAACCACAAAUUUACAGUUCCGACUGAUAUUUCCACGAUCUUGUCAAUCGCUAGCGAGAUCGGCUCGUGCUAAUAUCGACGCGGAACGAAAGGAAACGGAACGAAACAGAACGAGACGGAACGAAACGGAACGAAACAGAGCGGAGAUAUCGCGUUGGUUACAACCGUUACCUUCCCGAAUUAUAUUCGGUUGGCAAUAAGUGAUUGCGGAUGUUGCCAUUAGAUGGUAUUGACAAAAUCCGCAAUCACUUAGUUGCCAAUCUAAUAUAUGCACGUGCUACCGAUUCAUAGAUUAAAAUUUUGGCGGCCAUUUUUUGUCACUGAGAUCUUCCCGCAUUUCCGAGGAGACUUUCCUACGCUCUGUUAUGAAAGCAAACCUAUUUUGUCGAGAUUCAAAUCAAAUUUCGUUCCGAUCGUUCUACGACGAAGGUGCAGACGAUUCUGCGCUUCUAUAUCUUGUUUUCUAUACAUGACACGAUGGUAAAAAGAGUACGCGCAAAGUGCGACAAGCAAGCUCGAUACUUCCGCGAUAGAACAGUUCUGAACACAAAGCGAUGCGUCAAGAAUGGAGCGGAAAUGUAUUCGAAAUGUAAGAGAACGGAUUUAAUAAAAGGUAUUUGCCAACGUUC